GUCAAUGGUGUAUGCCCAUUCUCUCCAGAGAGUGCCCCUAAUGAGAGGGCCCAUAUUUAUAGAAGAGCCCCUCAGUGGUCACCCCAUAAUCCUGCCUGGCCCCCUCUCAUCCCUACAAGAUCCCUGAGUCUGGACUGUUCAGCCUGCAGUUCCUGACUUCAGCCUCAUUCCAUCCACAUUUCAACUGAGUGGAGAGAAGAAAAAAAAGCAAUGUCCACCAGUGAGCGUUUUGACUGUCAUUACUGCAAAGACUCUCUGCUGGGAAAGAAGUACAUAAUGAAGGAAGACACACAGUAUUGCACAAAGUGCUACGAGAACCUGUUUGCUAACUGCUGUGAGCGCUGCUCAUUAUCCAUUGGCUGUAACUGCAAGGACCUGUCUUAUAAAGACCGUCACUGGCAUGAGCAGUGCUUUAAAUGUGCAAAGUGCAGCCGCUCGCUGGUAGAAAAGGCCUUUGCUGCCAAGGAGGACUUAUUGCUCUGCACUGAGUGCUACGCACAUGAUUACUCCUCCAAGUGUGGCACCUGCAAGAAAACCAUCAUGCCAGGGACUCGUAAAAUGGAAUAUAAGGGGAACAGCUGGCAUGAGACCUGCUUCCUGUGCCACCGAUGCCACCAGCCAAUAGGAACCAAAUCCUUCAUCCCCAAAGACACCGGCUACUUUUGUGUGCCCUGCUUUGAGAAACAGUUAGCACAUCAGUGCUGUGCCUGUAAGAAGGCUAUCACAACAGGUGGACUGACAUAUCAAGAUAAGCCUUGGCAUCGGGAAUGUUUUCUAUGCAUUGCGUGUAAAAAACAGCUACAAGGUCAACGUUUCACCUCCAUGGAAAAUUUUUCAUAUUGCCUGGAGUGUUUCUAUAACCUUUAUGCCAAGAAAUGUGUGGGCUGCACAAAGCCAAUCACAAGUCUUGCUGGUGCCAAAUAUGUCUCCUUUGAGGAACGGCAGUGGCACAGUGAGUGCUUUACCUGCAUGCAGUGCUCUGUGUCGCUGGUGGGACGGGGCUUCCUCACCCAGCGCGACGACAUUUUGUGCACCGACUGCGGCCGGGAGAAGUGAUCUUUAUCUUAUGGAAGAACAACAGCGUAAUUCAAAAGACAACUGGACUUCCCCUCCCCAUGUCGAUGAAUUUGAAUGAAAAUAGUCGUUGGUUGCAGCAUUAUACGUUGCAAAUAAGGAACUAACUAAAAAAAAAAAAAUGAUAUGCAUGAUUUUUGCUUCAGGUGAAAUAUCAUUCAAACAAAAAAAAAUUUUUUGGACAGGCAUUGGUUUGUUCUGCUAUUCAUUAUUAUUUGAUGCGAUAACAUAGGAAUCUUCACUAAAAAUAUGACGACGGCUGUCUCUUUUUUUGGAAGAAUUAGGUUUGGA